GAACAUAAAUCUGCUAAAUCAGGCCAGUUUGGUUAAGAGCAUUAUGCCAAGAGUUUAGUAAAUGGAUUGCAGGUGGCCCCUGUUCCAUGUUUAUUUACCUCCUGGCAAUUGAGCUUUAAUAAUGCAUCAGUGCCACUAAGCUGACUUCAUAGGUAAAGAAAUGUCACAAUAAUAUUUAUUGCUGAGCAUGACAAAGUGUUAUGGCCUUCAAUUAGUGUAGUAUGGCUUUCUAUGUGCAAGUGCCUUGUGUAUGUAAUGUGGUAUAUCUGGUCUGGAAUAAAAUUUAUAUUAAGAAUCACUCACUGUUUUCAGUGCUGACUCAUCAAAGUAAGUGAAUGUUUUUGUAUUAAUUUGCUUUGGAUGAAAUUCUGUCUCCUUUUUUACUCUUAGUCCAACAAACUUUCAGGGACUUUUGCAGCAGAGGGGACUGUAAAUUUGAUUCUUUUAUGACUAAGAUAUUGUGUAUGUUUUAUAAUUUGAAGUUUGCAGUUCCAUGGUUUAUAUAUUACUCCUUGAUUUUGAUUUAUGUUGCAAAUGAGUUAAUUUUUGGGAUUGAGACCAACUCCUUUAUUUGUUAAAGACUGAACUAUAUAUGGUCUGCAUCCUUGUUUAGGGCUUUAAGAUAGUUUUGGAGUAUUAUCAAAGAGAGUUGAUAGUUCUGGUAUUUCUGACAAAAUAAAAAUGCUGCCUUAAUAAUUUGAUGCCCCAGGUCAGUAGCUAUCAUCUGGAGAAAGAAAUAAAAGAUGAAGUUUAACAUUUUCUUCUGUUGUUUCUUGUGUUGCGCUGUGGGGUUUAUCUUGAAGACCGCAUUCCUGCAAUAGUUAGGAAGUCUGCCUCUUUUUUCUUUUUUUAAUUGUUGUUUUGGUCAUUUCUAGUAUACACUGAAGGCAUAAAUAAACUUACUUGGAUGUAAAUAUUUGGACUAGAGUGCCAUUUCAUUCCUAUUUUACUGUAAUCCUGAAUUGAAAACAUGUAGGGAAGUCAUAUUAGUGUUGCUCAUGUGUUGACAAACUUCAAAUGCUCCUUAGUUCUGUUCCAUUUGAGGUGCUCCUAUAAUAGAGUUUGUUGUUUUAUUGCCUUUGUAGCCUGUUCUUGAUGGGAGAAAAUUUGGUGUUGAGCUAAUAACCAAGACUAGAGGGUUGAGGCUCUUGUUCCCUUGUUCCCAGGAGCAGAGCACUGGGAACAUGGCUCUGCAAGAGAGAGGAACCAGCAGCAGCUCCAGCAAUGACAAGCAGGAACAGAACUAUAAUCGUGUUAUUACAAUUGUCUUCCUGGCCCUCUUCAUCGACCUGUUGGGAUUUGCCCUCAUCUUGCCACUCUUUCCUUCCAUCCUUGAUUAUUACAGCCAGACUGAGGAUGGAUUCUAUUUGUCACUGCAACGUGGGGUAGACUGGUUUGCAGUGAUGGCUGGGAUACCUCCAGAGAGGAAAUACAACAGUGUCUUGUUUGGAGGUCUGAUUGGCUCAAUCUUUUCCCUCCUGCAGUUUUUCUCCUCUCCCCUCACCGGUGCUGUGUCAGACCACUGGGGCAGGAGGCCUGUCAUCCUGGUGACAGUGAUGGGUUUGAUAGCAUCAUACUCACUCUGGGCUGCCUCUCGGACUUUUGGCGUUUUUCUUCUCUCCAGGAUCAUAGGUGGGAUAAGCAAAGGGAAUGUCAGCCUCUCCACAGCUAUCAUUGCUGACCUGCACUCUGCAAAAGCACGCAGCAAGGGCAUGGCCAUGAUUGGUGUUGCUUUCUCCCUGGGCUUCACCCUGGGCCCCAUGAUGGGGGCUUACCUCGCCAUGCAGACAGAGAAGGGAGAAGUCUUCUACCUUCGCUCAGCCUUGUCAGCACUCGUGUUUUCUGUGGCUGAUUUCAUUUUCAUCUUCCUCCUUCUUCCAGAGACACUUCCCAAGGAAAAAAGGGUCCCUUCUGUGACAUCUGGAUUUCAGGCAGCAGUUGACUUGCUCAGUCCUUUGGCUUUGUUUCAGUUCUCUGCAGUCACCCGAGGAAAGGAAUCCCCUUCAGAGCAGAAUCUUCAGAAUCUCAAAAUUUUGGGCCUGGCCUACUUCCUGUACCUCUUCCUGUUUUCUGGCUUGGAGUACACACUAAGUUUUCUCACUCACCAGAGAUUCCACUUCAGCAGCAUGCAGCAGGGCAAGAUGUUUUUCUUUAUUGGAAUAACAAUGGCUGUGAUCCAGGGAGGCUAUGCUCGCCGAAUCAAGCCAGGAAAUGAAAUCAGAGCUGUAAAAAGGGCUAUUAUGCUGCUGAUUCCAGCGUUCUUGUUAAUUGGAUGGGCUGCGAAUGUGACCAUGCUGAGUGCUGGACUGCUGCUGUACUCCUUCGCUGCAGCCAUUGUUAUCCCGUGUUUGUCAGCAGUGGUGUCAGGCUAUGGCACUGCUGGCCAGAAGGGACGAGUCAUGGGCAUCCUGAGGAGCCUGGGCGCCCUGGCCAGAGCCCUGGGACCCAUCCUGGCAGCUGCAGUUUACUGGCUGGCUGGGGCAGAGGUUUGCUUCACUAUCUGUGGAGCCUUUUUCCUUGUCCCCUUGGCUCUACUCAGGUCUAUAAACCAGCAGACAAAGGAGGAGUAGGAAGGAGCCACAAAACCAUCACCAGCUUCCAAGGACCUCUGCGAGACCUGACUCUUGGCACCUGACUCUGCUGAGCAAAUAGGAAGGUUUUGAUCUUCUGGAAGGAGAUAUACACACAAUGACCAACAACACACAGCAGUUAUGUUUAAGGUGGCCUCCCAGCCAGCUGGGUUAGCUUUGCAAAUAGAAAAACACCAAACAAAGGAAAACAGACACACACACACUCACCAAGAGCUGCGUAAGGCAUUAAGAGCAGCAGAGAAGCAGAGACAGCACAGGAGCAGCAGGCCUGGAGCACACAGGGCUCUGCUGCUCACCCCGAGCCUCUGCAGGGGCUGGGCUGGCACAGAACCAACCCUCAGCCUCCUCAGCACCACUCUGAUGGGUGUUUGUUUGUACAAGUGGUACCAGAGCUCUGCAGCUCCACACCUGCAAACGUGAUGGUCAAACAAAAGCAGAGGCACUCUGCAGGCUGUCUGUAACCCACUGGUACUUUGGCACAGGUGGACUGUUUUUAAUAUACAAAUAAAUUUGGAGACAUGUUUUAUAUUUCUAAUACUGUGGGAUAUUUUUGAUGACCAAGCCCUGUUCUUUUUGCAUUACAAUAAAGGGUUACAUUGAACACUCCUGUGGUCAGUUCAUUACAGUUGUUACCCCCCUUUGAACUGAACUGAACAUCCCUGUCUGGCUGAGGCAAAAAGGGGCCAGAAUUUCACCCAAGGUGCCAAAGGGCUCCUUGAGGGAGCCAGCCUUGGAUGACAGCACCAUGCUGCUCCAGCCAGUGCCUGGGGGAAGGAACCACCACCAGGCUCUGCCCCUGCUGAGCUGGGAGUCUCUGGGAAGGGAGUCCUGCCGUAACCAAUUGGAGGAUUUUCUGAGAAGGAAAGCCAUCACUAAUCAACACCUUAAUUAUUAAAACUAAGCAAGUGAGGCUACAGAAUAAAAGUGUACAAGUUUUGAAAGCAGAGCAUGAUUUUUUUCAAUAGUUUUAUUUGUGAGUAGAACUUAAUGAUACAAGAAAGAAAGAAAAAUACAGGACUUUAUUCUGCCCCAAAGUGUGUAACCAUACCAUACAUGACUACAUUUCAUAUUGUAAUACAAAGAACUAAAAGAACAAACUACAAAAUUAGAAAUUAAGAGUCAUUGCAUAUGUGGUCAAGAUAAAUGGAGGGACUUCAGUAAAGAACUGAAACAUACAGCAAUUAGUCAUUUAGUUACGACCCUACAAUAAAACACAAUUUAGCAAAAUAAGUGUUGUUUGCUUCCUAGUGUACAAGGACAUACAAUGUUAGAGCAGAAGCUGAAAGCCAUUCGUGCCAUGCAGUCCUGCCUGAGUGCUGCUGUCCAGGGGCUCUGCCCAGUGCCUGCUCUGUCCCACACCGGCCCUGCCACCUUUCCCUCGGCCCCCGUGGCCGCCUCGCCCCCUCUGCUCUCACCUGAACACUGACAGCUCAGUUCCACCUCCAGCUGUUCCCCGUGGCCGCCCAAAGCCAGCCCGAGGCACGGGCCCCUCCCGGCCCGGCCCGGCCCUGCCUCCAGCGCUCCCCCAGCCGGCCCUCGGUGCUUUCUGCUGCAUCAAUGUAAGGCAUUAGUUCUCUGCUAUUUUACCAAUUGCAACAUUUAAUAUUGUCCUAAAAGGUUACAUCCAUGUUCUGUUGUGUUACAGACGCUUACUGUGAGUCAGUGUGUUGCCCUCACCCCCACGGGGUGUUGGGGUUUGCUGCUGUUAAACCCGAAAUGCAAAUUCUGGAAACCAGAAGUGGUCAGUGCCCCGCAGCCUGGGCCGGGGCACAGCACCCGCUUUCCAGAGAAUUCCACCACCUUGACCUGCCUGAUCUCAGACUACUUUUAUAAUUAGUGAUAGACACAAGCAUGGCAACAACUGGGAAAUAGUGAACUCAGUGCCAUGCUGCACAUUAAACAAACAUUUAUAGCAAACAGUGAAAAUACACCUUUGAGGUUACACGGGAUUUCUGUACUCAACCGCUGGCAACAACAACAAAAAGAUUUAAAGAAAGGCCAGCUUUUGUAAGUGAAAAUAUAAUUACUAUAAAACAAGGUGAAAUACUCAGUGUAAUGCAUUUACAUUUUUGUCAGUGGGAAGGAACAAACACAAAAGGCUGCACAUGGGGUUCAUGCACAGCAAGGCUGCAUGUGCAACAAAGGGAUUUUUAAAAGGAUGAAAAAACUGUGCUAAGGCCCAAAACACACCUGCCCAUGCUCCACACCACCAGCUUUUACUUCAGUUACUUUUUAACCUUUUCUAACAGCCAAAUCACCACAUGACUCAGUGAGGCAAGAGCAAAGACAGAUUUCCCUUAAACUGUAAUUCACUAGAAAGAAAAAGCACAGGCCAAGACCGGGCUCUUUGAACACACAACGUGAGCGGAACACACCACAGACAUUCCAGUCCUAGACAAAGACUGAUUUCACCAGCCAGUUAUAAAAUAAAACAAAGUGAAAAACACUUUCAUUUUGUAACAACAGUGAGAAGGGAGAAAGAGAGGAAGCAAUGGAGAGCCUCAAAGCUUGGCCAAACCACAACCUGUACUCACAAGCUCGCAGAAGUUUACGUGUCAGUUCAAGAAUUCACCCCCCCUUGAGAACACCACUGCAAAAGCAUCCUCUCUAAAAGUAAAAAUUUAAGAAAUUUACUUGUGACUUGGAACAGAAUAUUGGAAAGAACACUUCUUGUGGGUAAGCAAUGGGUGUUUUAUUCUUAAUUGUGAAGUUUUUAUAUUCUUUUGCAAAGCAGUGCAGGCUUUAAAUUAAAAAUAGUGAAUCAAUGCCUUCCACAUGGAAGUCAUUUACAUUUGAUUACAAACUAGGGAUCAGAUCUGUGGCAGCUGCUGAACACACAGGAUUAGCACCUUUUUGGACACGAGUUUCUGGUUAUAACCCUAAACAAUCAAGCCAUAACUUGAGGGGCUGGUUGGAUUAAUUGUGGCAUUCAUUUACAUAGUAAGACAAAACACUCAGUACGAUCUGGUACAUUCUAGUGGUUAAUGGAUUUUAAAAUAUGACAGUGUUUCUGCAGUGGGUUGGCCUUUAGGAGUCACUCUUCUUUUUGCUCUUCUUCAGGAAGGAAGGAGUGCGGAACUUCUUUUUCUUUUUCGAUGGGGACUUCCCUGGAGAUUCAUCACUACCUGCAUCAGCUGCUGUCCCCUCCUCAGCUGUGGGUGUUGCUGGCUCCUCAGUGGGUUGGGACUGGGGUUCUUUAUUUUCCACUGCAGGUGGUUCCGUUUGGCUUUUGGGCACAUCAUGAUCACAUCUCCCUUCCUCCUUCCCUAAGGGAGGGAAGCCGAGUGCUUCCGAAGGCUCAUCGGGGGUGAGAUCUGGGAGGGUUUGCUUGAAGGUUGCAGCGUCACUGUCAUCUCUGUAGGUCUGCUCCUGCCGUGUCUCUGGUGGACGGACAGACAGUGACAGUCAGUUUACAAAAGUGUCCCUGGAGCAGGGCCAGCGAGGCAAGUGGA